UAGAGUGAGUGAGACAACCACUGCCAGAUGGGGUCCCAGGAUCGACCAACAAUACGGGAUGUGGAUACAUUUUUGGAAGAUCAGUGAAUUUGAGCAGUGGACCAGUCUUGAGGGGCCAAGUGACCUACUCCUAGUUUAUUGACACAAGAAAUUUCCCAAUGACUGCCUACUAUGGAUUCUUACAACUUCGAAGAAGAUAUCAGUAUUCUGACACAAGAAGGACUGCAUGAUGAGGAGGACUGGGUCGAUACCCCCAACACAGACCUGACAGGAGAGGAACACUCCGCUUCCCACUUUGCCCUUAUCACUGCCUACAACGAUAUCAAGCAGAGGUUGAUUGGGAUGGAGAGAGACAACUCCACUUUGAAGAGGAAACUCAGACAGUAUGAUCUCAAGUUUUCCUUCUCUAAUGAAUGUGGGGACGAUAGGAAAUCACCCCAAGGCUUGCUCGAUGCUACUCUGCUGCGCAAUGAGAACAGACGUCUGAGGGAACAGCUGGACCAGCUCCGGAAUCAGCUUCAAGACAGCAAAGAGAGGGAGGAUCACCUGGAUGAGGUCAUUCAAGCCUAUGAAAAGAUACGUUUGGAGAAAGAAGACCUCAAUCACCAGCUGGAAGAAAUGACAGUCCUGGUGGAAGAUCACGUCUCGACAAUUCAGAGGCUGGAACAGGCUCUGAGACUGAGAGACAGUUCCGUUCAGAUACUCAGUGACCAGCUCCAGGAGAAGGACGAGCGGAUUAUACAGCUGAGCCCACUGCCCAGUGGGCCUCAUGUGCUGGAGAGCCCACGGCAUCAGCAGAGCUCCCGGACCCUGGGCCAACAGCUGGACGAGCAGCAGGUUCAGCUACUGCAGGACGAGGUGGAUGAGCUCCAGAGGAAGCUGCGGAAUUGCCAGUGGCGGGAGGGGCAGUACAAGGAGGAGUGCGACCGUCUCCAGUCACAGCUGAGCCAGCGCAGUCUGCAGGAAAGCUGCGCGCAGGAGCUGACCUGUGACCCCCAUGACAUGGAGUGGAUAAGAGUACAGAAGAAGAUCAGGAAAGGCUGGUGGUGGCCUACAGUGAGCUGGCCCAGGAGUUCUGCCGUCUGCGCAGCCUGACCGAAGCCCAGACCGAGAUCCUAACCAGGCUCUCUGAGGAGCAAUCAACUAACAACGUCCAUCCCCAAUCCUCAGUUUACGUGAAGCAAGAUGCCUACUCCAGCUAUCCCCGGAGCACAAGGCAUCCUCUCCAAGCCACCUUCCAAAGCCGUCGCAGUUACUCCGAAGUCGGCGACACCAAAGCGUACCACCACACAAUGUCAU